AUGUCCUUUGUUCCGUUCUUACGCAGAAACAGUUUUGUGUCACGAAAUCAUCGCCUUGUUUGUUUAGUCACAUUGUUGCUACGCCACACUACUCUUGGCUGCGUUUAUAACUGCCGCAACACGCGCAGUGUUCUGCGCAUACAAAUGGAUGCUUACUCAGUUACAGAACAAAUCGCGGAGAAUACAACCACUACGGUGUACAAAGCCACAAGAAAUACUGAUGGUCUUCCGGUGAUAAUAAAAGUUUUCCAUUUGAAUGCAUUGAACCCGCACCACUUGCGACAGUUCACAUGCCCAUACACGUCAGUGUCAAAGAAUGCCCCAUCCGAGAUCAUCAUACUCGAGAAGGUGAAGCAGAUCCCUUCAUGUGUCACAAUGAUAGAGUAUAUAGAUGACUCGGAAAACGGCAAAUGGGCAGUGGUUCUGGAAGAUUUGUAUGCUCAAGGAUACUCGAAUUUGGCCCGAGAAAUAGAAUUGAUAUCUGUGUUGGAACAGUUACAUAAUCUUGGUAUAUUACACUGUGACAUAAAACCAGAUAAUGUUUUCGUUGACCACGAGAGGCAGAAGAUAAAAUUAAUUGAUUUCAAUUUGGCUGUCGAACUAACGGAUCCUGUUAAUGGCGCAACUCCUGGAUGUACACCCGAGUAUGCACCACCCGAGGUCCUAGUACACCGGAAGCCUUGGACUAUCGCAGGAGAAAUUUGGUCCGUUGGUUGCACCGCAUUCGUUUUGCUCUGUCGCCGUUUCCCCUUCGAAAACCCGUGGAUGUCCGGAUACUCAAAGCGUAAUGUCAGAUCAGGAUUCGGGAACGCUCUUCAAAGAGGAAUACUUUUUGACGGGGCUUUACGCACCGUAAAUGGCGGUCUUUCACCUAAGGCCAAAGACUUUUUGCUACUGUGUCUAUCUCGUCUUCCAGAACAGAGACCGACUCUCAAACAUUUGAGUCAACAUUCAUUUUUGGCCCUCAAAGCCCCAUCAUUGUGUACAGUUUCCAAUUCCAUCGUGCUUUCGAAUUCCCCUCGUACGGUCCUAGUGUCCUAA